UACUAAUAAUCGGUGGAUGGAAUGAUGAAUUACCUGAAGCUUUUGACCUGUUUGACUUCCUGACACAUGAUUGCAUAAUGUGGGAGGGGGGUUCGAUUGUGAUUCAGUCGACAGAUCAGCAGCUGUAGUAUCAGAAAAUAUAAAUACCCCUUAUCCAUCUUUUUUCCCCUUUAAAAUAAACUAGACAUAGGAUCUUUGUAUGAGUUGAUCGGGAUCACGUGACCUCCCCCGUUAUUUCCUGCCGCAGCGGUUUAGCUCCGUCUGCAGUCUCGAGCGCGUUCACUGCAUGUCAGCUCACACACGCGCGCGCACAAACACUUACUCUCACACUUUUUCCUUCUUUACAGCCAUUUUUCUUUCUGAACUCGCCGCAAGAGCAGCUCUUUCCUUCAACUCGGAAUAUAUUCUGGGAUAAUUAUAAUUUUUUUUUUAGGGGGGACUCUGCUGCUCUGUUCACACCGGUGGGGCUUUCGCGAUGUCGACAGCGGCUGCAGCGGCGGUGUGUGGCCCUCCUCCUGCUGCUGCCGGCGGCGGCGGCCCAACUCCCGUGUCCGGCGCCGAACUGGUCCGCGGGCAGGCCUUCGAUGUCGGCCCGCGGUACACAAACCUGUCCUACAUCGGCGAAGGAGCCUACGGGAUGGUUUGUUCGGCAUACGAUCGUGAAAAUAAAGUACGUGUUGCCAUAAAGAAGAUCAGCCCAUUCGAGCACCAGACGUACUGCCAGCGCACUCUCCGCGAGAUAAAGAUUCUGCUGCGCUUCAAACAUGAGAACAUCAUCGGCAUCAACGACAUCAUCCGUUCACCCUCCAUCGACCAGAUGAAAGACGUCUACAUCGUGCAGGACCUGAUGGAGACCGAUCUGUACAAGCUGCUGAAGACGCAGCACCUCAGCAACGAUCACAUCUGCUACUUCCUGUACCAGAUCCUUCGUGGCCUGAAGUAUAUCCACUCAGCCAACGUACUCCACAGAGACCUGAAGCCCUCCAACCUGCUGCUCAACACCACCUGCGAUCUCAAGAUUUGUGAUUUUGGGCUCGCACGUGUAGCCGACCCGGACCACGAUCAUACUGGGUUCCUCACAGAGUAUGUAGCCACGCGCUGGUACCGUGCCCCGGAGAUCAUGCUCAACUCGAAGGGUUAUACCAAGUCUAUUGAUAUCUGGUCAGUGGGAUGCAUUCUGGCUGAAAUGCUCUCGAACAGACCCAUAUUUCCUGGCAAGCACUACCUGGACCAGCUCAAUCACAUUUUAGGUGUUCUUGGUUCCCCCACACAAGAAGACCUGAACUGCAUCAUCAACAUAAAGGCCAGAAACUACCUGCUUUCUCUGCCUGGGCGUGCCAAAGUGCCCUGGGUCCGCCUCUACCCAAACGCCGACCCGAAAGCAUUGGAUCUGUUGGAUAAGAUGCUGACAUUUAACCCCCAUAAGAGGAUUGAGGUGGAGCAGGCCCUGGCACACCCCUAUCUGGAGCAGUACUACGAUCCCACUGAUGAGCCUGUCGCCGAGGCGCCGUUCAAAUUCGACAUGGAGCUCGACGACUUGCCCAAAGAGACCCUCAAGGCGCUCAUCUUCGAAGAAACUGCACGCUUCCAGCCAGGCUACAGACCAUAACAUAGCCGACUAUAUGUGCUCCAUCUCAAAGUUUCACUCUUCGCAUAAUAUUAUUUUUAUUUUUUCAUUUUUUUUAUUUUUAUUUUUUUUAUUAUUACUUUGACUUUUUUUUUCUCUCUUUUUUGUUUUUUGUUUUGUUUUUUUUCCCCCUAGAUCAGAAUUAUUCUGGAUUAGUUUUUUUCCUCUUCUCCUCUAUUUUCAUCUUCUUCUUUUUUCCAUGAUUGAUUUGAGUUCAAACCUAUAAAGGUGUGUGUAAAAAAAAAAAAAAAAAAAAAAAAAAAGUACGAGUGUGUGUGACAUUGAAAUACGGAGUGCAGGCUGACCAGAAUAUCGUAGAGGGUUUGCUUCUACGGAUGAAACUCUUUUAAUGCUUCAGUUAAAAGCCUGUGAUCGUAACUGCUGUGCUUAAUUAUACAAUUCUGUUUUUUUUUUUUUUUUUUUUUUUUUUAAGAGAAAAAGAGCUUCUCGUCAGUCUCACUCCUGCUUUCCUGUAAAGCAUCCGUAAAGCCAUUUUUGAUUCGAGGCCAAAUUUGGAAGGGGGGGGAAACACAGCUCAGUUUGCCAAGGUGCCAUACGUUUAAGGCUUUUAAUUAACUAACAUGCCACGUUCCCCUUCGAUAACAGGACACUAUACCAAGUUUGGGGGUCUUUUUUUAAUGAACUAUUGUAUUACUGAUUUAAUAUAGCGUAGAUGUUUUCUAAAGAUUGGUUGCUGUUUGAAAACAUUUCAAAAGAGCUCAAGCACCAAAGAAGAACAGGUUAUUUGGGUCUCUUCGGUGGGGUUAUACAUGCUUUUUUUUUGGUCCAUAUCGUUAAAAUCGGUGUAAAAGAUGAGCUCCGGAUCAUGUCGAAGCACAUACAGGGCUAUCAGGGAUAAAGGAGAAGGAGAAAGGGAUAGAGGGAGGGAGGUAAAGAGGAAAGUGUCAAAUGUUCACAAGGGGUAAUUUGUGGCAACACUUAAACGUGUUGCCACGUUUAAGUAAAAAACACAUGCAAAGACUAAAAAAGUGAGUAAAACAUGAGCUAAAAAGUACAGUGCCUCGUCGUCUUUUUUUUUUUUUUUUUUUUUUUUUUUGCUUUUCCUUUUCCGGUGUGUGUGUGUGUCUCUCUCUUCUUUCUCUUUGUCUCUCUUGCCUUCUCUCAAUAAGACUGUGUCCUUGCAUGACUGUUAAAAAAAAAAAAAAAAAAGGUAGAAAAAAAAGAAAAGAAGGGGGGGGGGGAUAAAAGCUUUCUAUACAAAGAACAUGGAGGUGCCACACUUCUGGGGAUUCCACAUCGGGACUCUCAGGUCUUUUUUUUUUUUUUUUCUUUUCCUUCAGUGGUUGUUCUUAUAGUCCCUCUUUCUUGUUAAUUGCUGUUUUGUUUUAUUUUUUUGUUUUUUUGUUUUAACUCCCUUCUACUUUUUCGACCUUAUAGACCAUUUCGGAGAAUAGACUUUUCAGAAACUCAGUCAGGUUAGUCAACACCGAUAGGGUGAAGUUUGUUGGUGUUUAGCCGUGAAGAUGUUCACUACACAGGAAAACCUCACGCUUUACUCAGCGCCAAUCAAAGCCACGCUUUCUCGCUUUUAAUCCUGUAAAAAAAAAAAAAAUAGGCGGCUUCGAGCGCAGAUCUGACAGCGUGUACCUUGAAGAGCGAACUAGCACUUACUGAAAAAAAUAUAUCUAAUAUAAAAAAGUAAAAUUCAGACUGCUCUAUGGUUCACUGCUGUUGCCUAUAACUUUAUAUCCAGCAUGGUGCCAUCUAGUGGCUUGACCCAGUGUCAGGUGCUACAGAGGACAUUGUUCAGUUACUAGAGCAGAGAUAACGGGCUGAUUUUUUUGUUUUGUUUUGUUUUGUUUUGUUUUUCCUCCUCUGAAAAGGACUGCAAAACCCUGUAAGAUAGCUUCAGCCAAGUCCAUGUGCAGCCUGUCUGUUCUGUGUGCCUUUACUUAUAACGAAUAACGGUUUAUUAUCGUGCAGCUUCGUUUCGUCGGGGAUCGGUUGUGAUUUUUUGCGGUAUAUUCUUAAAUACAUAUAAUAAUAAAAAAUAAAUAAAAUGUAAAAAAAAAAAGGAAAGAAAAUCAACCAAAAAAAACUCAAUGAAUCUGAUUUCAUUUUAAGUCUAUAGCUUUUGUGACUUUUGUGAUUUGAAUUUGGGAAGGUAUUAAUGAAUUAAGUAACGAAUUAAAAACUUUUAUUUCUGUUUUGAGUUGAUUCACCACUCUUUUUUUUUUUUUUUUUUUUGUUAUAGGGGCUUCUUGAUAUUUUUUGGAUGUUUUGUGCAAAUAUUUUUUUCCCUUUUCCUUCUUUUUUUUUUUUUUUUAAUUGUAAACUGAAUGUUUCUAGUGGUUAUUAAUCUCGUUACAGAGUUGUAUCUAUGUAUAAACUCUUCUGUAAGUAAUGUUCUAAACAGUUGUGGAUUUCACUUACAGGUUGAAGGUUUUCCCUGCCUCUCCCUUGACUCUCACCUUCACUGGGGGGUGUUGAUGUAAUCAUUCGGGGGAAGCAUUCUAAUUGAAUAUUAAAAUCUAUUAAAAUGUGUUGCACCUUGAAGAAAAACAAAAAGGAAUUACAGAUUACAGGUUUGUCUUUGCUGCUGACAAACUAUUUUUUAAAUUACUACUAUUAUUGGGUAAUUUAGCAUCUGCCAAGUCAUGUAACCUGAACAUACCAGAAUAAACACUGUAUCCUA